GGAGGCCCAGGUGUGGGGUCCUGGGCAUCGCAGCUCCUCCCGCGUCACCCUGUAGGCGCAGCUGCCGCAUGCGUCUGUGUGGCCACACUGCCCCCAGGCCCACUGGACUACAGCUGAGCCCCUCUCGCCUUCCCGCGGACUGCUCCGUAUCCCCGGGCCUCUCUCCCUGCAGCUGGCCAGGACACAGCAAGAGGGAGAGGCCCGCAGUACAGGAGCACACGUGUACUGGCGGACAGCGGACGCCCUGCUCCUGUGUGGGGCUUUUCCAGGACACGGGAUGUGUGCGCACUUGCACCCGUGUGACACGCACGCUGUCUUUGGUGGGGAGACACGGGCCCCGUGGCUACCUCUGGAAAGGAGAGCUUUUCCUUCUUAUCUCCCCCAUACAAGAUUCCAGCUGCUGGGGUGUAGCGUGGGAGCCGCGGGCCGGGCCCUGUGUGGAAGCCGGAGGGCCGAGAGCUGCCUCUCCCUGGUGGAAGGCUCUGGAGGGACACAGACCCUCCCCGCACAGCUGCGCCUCGGAGGGUCUGGGCCCCUCUGAGCUGAGGUCUCCUGGCCCAGUGCCAGCCUACCUGCGCCCCCCGCCCCGGGCGUGUGCAGUGUGUAACUAUCAGCACUUGCAACCGCAGGAAGACGCCCCGAGCCGGCACGUCCCCGCAGGGAGACGGAGAUCCUGGUGGAAGUGGGACUCAGGGGACUCGCGGACAUUUUUCAGGAUGAGUCGUCCGGAGUCCGUGCAGGAAGCCACAGAGGUGACAUUGAAGACAGAGGUGGAGGCGGGAGCCAGCGGCUACAGUGUCACGGGCGGCGGGGACCAGGGUAUCUUUGUCAAGCAGGUGCUGAAGGACUCCUCUGCCGCCAAGCUCUUCAGCUUGAGAGAAGGGGACCAGCUGCUCAGCGCCACCGUAUUCUUUGACAACAUUAAAUACGAAGAUGCUCUCAAAAUCCUUCAGUAUUCAGAACCAUAUAAAGUUCAGUUCAAAAUCAAACGGAAACUCCCUGCCUGUGAGGAUGAAGACUGGGCGAUCAGCGGUACCCAGCGCGGCCCAAAGGGCAAGGAGAAGCAGGAUGAGGCUGUCGCUGACGAAAGCAAAGAGACUCCCACGAAGACGCUGGAAGGAGAUGGGGACCGAGAGAGACUCAUUGACAAGCCCCGGGUGGGGAGAGGCAGGCGGUCCCAGAGGGACAGGUUCUCCUGGCCCAAAUUCCAAGCAAUAAAGGGCAAGCGGCUGCCGGGACCCCGGAGGUCACACAGCUCUUCGGAGGCCCACGACCGCGGGGACAGGCCCGAUGUGUCCCCCACGAGCACAGACACGGAGGGCCAGCAUGCAGCUGAGCACCAGCAACAGGAGCCAGGGCCAGGUAGCCAGCGCAGGAGCAGGUUCCUGAACCUCAGAUUCAGGACCGGAUCCGGGCCCGGGGAUGGCAGCCGGGAGGAAACUGGGGCUGCCUGGUACUCCAGGAGGCAGGAGGGGGAAGCACAGGUGCAAGAGGCUCAGAGCAUGCAGCAGUCCACAGAUGCUAUGAAAGGCCCCAGUGGACAUGCAGGCCCCGCGGCCAGACUCCAGAGGACCAAGGAGGAGAUGGCCCAGGGGGAGGCUCUGCCACAGAGGAAAGCCAGGACGAGUCAGGAGAGGGAAGGACAGGGAGUGCAGAGCCUGGAGAUAGGCAUUGCAAGACUGUCCCUGCAGGACUCAACAGAUAGAGGCAGCAGCCACAUCUGCCCAACAGACAUCAAGGUGCGAAUACAGGAUUUGAAGACACCCAAAUUUGCAUUUUCCAAAGAAAGUGUGCUAGAGAAAGAAACAAGCAUUGCUGCCCCAGAGGCGACCCAAGGCCAGGGCAUGUACUCUACAGAGGGCCCUGGCCCCGAGGUUGAAAGAGCAGGAAGAACAGAAAGCCUGGCAGCCACGGAACCCACACAGGCAGUGCCAAGCCACGAGGGGGCAGGACGACCCAGGAGACCAGGAGAACAGACCACAGAAGAGAGACAGGAGAAUGGCACCAACAAGGAGGGAAGAGAAGAAAAAAUAAAAGGGGCGAAGUUCAAAAUGCCUUCCUUUGGAUGGUCACCGAGUAAAGAGCCAAAGGCAGUGAGGAUGACGGAAACAAGAGAAAAAGCCAAGGAAGAAGACAAAAUCGCAAGAAUGGGAACCCCAAGGGUCAGAGAAAAAACAAAGGAGGGAGAAGAGAAAGACACUGAAUAUAUUUCAGUGGACAAUAAAACAAUAAAAAUUAUAGAACAAACACAAGAAAAAGAAAGAAUAAAAGAAGAAAUAGUAUUGGAAGAAAAACAAUUGGCAGCAAAAGACAGCAGGUUCAAGAUGCCCAAGUUCAAGAUGCCGUCCUUCGGGGUGUCGGCCCCCGGCAAGUCCAUGGAGGCCUCGCUGGAAGUGUCCGCGCCCAAGGUGGAGGCCGACGUGUCCCUGCCCUCCGUCCAGGGCGACCUCAAGACCAGUGACCUGACCAUUGAGCUCCCCAGCGCCGACCUGGAGGUCCAGGCUGGCCAGGUGGGCGUCAAGGUCCCGGAGGGCCAGCUGCCCGAGGGAGACCUGGCGGCCCAGGCGUCUGGAGCCGGCCUGAAGGGCCACCUGCCCAAGGUGCAGAUGCCCAGCUUCAAGAUGCCCAAGGUGGACAUCAAGGGCCCCCACGUGGACGUCAAGGGCCCCAAACUGGACCUCAAAGGCCCCAAGGGGCAGGUGACGGCCCCCGAGCUGGACGUGUCCGUGUCCGUGCCCGGCGCGGAGCUGGACGUCCAGGCGCCCGGUGCCAAGCUGGAGCCCGUGCGGCUGGAGGGGGACCUGUCCCUGGGCGACAAGGACGUGGCCGCCAAAGACAGCAAGUUCAAGAUGCCCAAGUUCAAGAUGCCGUCCUUCGGGGUGUCGGCCCCCGGCAAGUCCAUGGAGGCCUCCCUGGAAGUGUCCGCGCCCAAGGUGGAGGCCGACGUGUCCCUGCCCUCCGUCCAGGGCGACCUCAAGACCAGUGACCUGACCAUUGAGCUCCCCAGCGCCGACCUGGAGGUCCAGGCUGGCCAGGUGGGCGUCAAGGUCCCGGAGGGCCAGCUGCCCGAGGGAGACCUGGCGGCCCAGGCGUCUGGAGCCGGCCUGAAGGGCCACCUGCCCAAGGUGCGGAUGCCCAGCUUCAAGAUGCCUAAGGUGGACAUCACGGGCCCCCAAGUGGAUGUGAAAAGCUCUAAUGUUGAUCGUCAUUUUCGUCCCCUCGUUCCUGACUCCGUCUCUGAAUGUGGCCCUGGCCUGGUUCAUCCUGUAAUUCCCGCUUCCCAUAGUCACGUGAGUUUCCCUAAAUUCUACAAACCAAAGUUUGUGUUUUCUAUCCCACAAUCAGAAGGUCAUGAGGGAGACCCACUGGCGGCUGAUUGUGCCCCGGUCCUGUCUCGUCUUAGUCCCACAUUGGGGCCUGACUCACCUCAGCUUCCUGAGGGACUCCUGUCCUCGGGCCCUCAGUUGCAGGGCACAGGUUUUCCUGUGCCCCAUGGGCUGGAGCCCUCGGAACCCUUACGGUCAUCGGCCACAGCUACUGGAAGAGCCCCUGCUGAAGGUGCUGACCGUGACGGGAAAGGGAGUCCAUUUAAAGUGCCCAAGCUAGAGCUUCCCUCCUUUAGCUGGUCUCCAAAGAAGUCUGAGCCCACAGCGGGCCCAGAACGCAGCCUGGAGGACUCAGCACACAUCCCAGUGUCAAGGCCAGGCCAGAGGGACGCCAUGCCUGGGAUGCAGGUGUACCGGGUAGAUGUGCCCGCACAUGUGCCUCCUGAGAAGGACGGGGACCAGGCAAAGUCCAUGACGCCCAGCUUGGCCGCGCCAGAACUUGCACUUCCCAAAAUGAAGGCUUCCAAGGGCAGAGGCAGCCUGCCACCCGGGGACUCCGACCCCUCACUUUCUGGUAGUGCAGCAGGAGGUGACUUCCAGCCUUCAGGAGGAGCCCACAGUGCCCAUGGAGCGGGCACUGGUUCAAUAGCAAGUCCCGCAGAAGAACUGGGCGCGAUCCCCCAUCUUCCCCGGGUGCGCAUCCCCAGCCUGGGCUUCGCCACACCGGAUCUCAGGUCUUCCAAGGCCAAGGUGGAGGUGAGCCAGGCUGAAGCUGACCUGCGGCUUCCCAAAGGUGCCCUGUCUGUUGGAGGUGGCAGCACGGGCCUUGGGGACGUCUCGGCAAGCCAGCCCUAUGGGGUUCCUACAGGCCCUGCAACAGAAGACCCGCUCCAGCCAUCCCUCAGGAAAGCAGAGGCUGACGUCCCCGCCGUGGAAAGUCCAGAGGAGGAAGCCGCGGCGGUGGAGACGCCCGUGGACUCUCAGGAGCGCUGGUUUAAGAUGCCCACGCUCCGCAUGCCCCGGUUCCGGCGCUCCUCCCGGGACAGAGGCCGGGUCGGGAAGCAGAAAGUGGCUGCAGCUGGAGCCAAGGAGCUCCCUGGUCCUUCAUCAGAGGUGGAGGGCAGCGUGUCCCUGGGGCCCCCAGAAGCAGAGGCAGAUGUGACAGCUUCUGAGAGCAAACUGUCUGCAGGUGUCCUCGGGCAGGAUCUUGACAGCACAGCCCUGAUGCCUGAGGCCGACCCUUCUUCCAAGGCCAGGAUCCAGCCAGCCAAAGGCUCCCUCCCACUCAAGACGGCUGGCCUGGGACUCUCAGAGAGCCGGGCUCCUCCAGAAGGAGGCAGGAUUCUUCUUCCCACGCCAGGAGAGUGUGACCCUGCCAGGGUGGAGGAGAUGACCCUGCCAGGGAAACGGUCUUCCCAGCCGGAAGGUCCUCUUAAACUGAAAGCUUCAAGUACCGACGUGCCAUCCCAGAUUUCCGUGGUUAAUACGAAUCAGCUCUGGGAAGACUCUGUGCUAACUGUCAAGUUCCCCAAGUUAAAGGUACCGAGGUUCUCUUUCCCCGCCCCCAGCGCAGAGGCCGACGUGUUCAUCCCCACCGUGAGGGAGGUGCGGUGUCCGGAGGGCGCUGGCGUGGACCUCGGCAGGGAGAGCCCGGGGCCGUGGGAAGCCAGCAUCCUGACGGCAGGCGCUGGGGGCCCCGGGGAGCAGCCUACGGACCUCGACCUCUCCUUGGCAGCUCCCCCAAUUUCUAGGGUCAGAGUGCACAUCCAGGGUGCUCAGGCUGAGAGUCAAGAGAUCACCAUACACAGCAGGGUGACGCCAGAGUUUGCAGACUUCUCGGCGCCCCGGGCUUUUUCCACUCAGAUUGUGCGGGAGUCAGAGAUCCCUCCGUCCAAGAUUCAAACACCUGCUUAUGGGUUUUCCUUGCUAAAGGUGAAAAUCCCGGAGCCCCGAACGCAAGCUACGGCACACACAGUGACAAGAGACGCUUGGGCUCGGGAGGGGUCGGAAGAGGCUCCCACACAAGCCUCCCCAGGAGCAGACUUUGUCCCUGGAGAGCUGCAGCCCGACACCGGGGAACCAUUCGAGAUCAUCUCCUCCAGCGUCAGCACACCAGGACCACAGACAUUCACCCUGGAAGUUCACUCUGGCCACCAGCUUGCAGACAGCUGUUUGGAUGAGGAGCCAGCAGAGAUUCUGGAGUUUCCCCCUGAUGACGACCAAGAUGCAACCACGCCGCUGGCAGACGGAGACAGGGCUCCGAAAGAGAAACCAGAAAGUAAGAAAUCAGGUCUGCUCUGGUCCUGGCUUCCAAACAUUGGCUUUUCUUCUUCUGUUGAUGAGACAAGUGCCGAUUCCAAAGAGGAUGUCCAGAGACCUGCCCCUGUGCAAACACAGCCCGAGGCAAGGCCAGACACGGAGCUGCCCAAAAAGCAAGAGCGGGCAGGCUGGUUCCGGUUCCCCAAGUUAGGGUUCUCCUCCGCCCCUGCCAAGAAAGGCAAAAGCACCGAGGAGGAGGCAGACCUGGCAGAGCAAAAACUCCACGAAGAAACAGUCACCUUUUUUGACGCCCGAGAGAGCUUCUCCCCCGACGAGCAGGACGACACGGCUGGCGAUGACUCUGCGCCCAGACCACAACCACGGGAAGGCCACACGGUGUGACCCGUCAUUGUGGCGACACGACAGACCGAGUUAGAAGGCAGAGGCUGCGCGGGGUGCGACCUCCCCGUCCCUGCGGCAUGUGGCGUCCGCCUUGCUUCUCAGCACUGGGAACGAAACAAAACGCACUCUGCCUGUGUGUCCCCGCCACAUGGCCCUCCCGACGCCCCACCAAAGAUGUGCCUGGGUCCCCAAAGCCCGGGCCGGGGAGCAAAGAAGACGGCCUGACUUUCCGUGGACGCCAGGAUCCCCCCGGCUCAAUGGCUCUCGGUGACAUGAUGGGGACGUCUGGGGUCUCUGCAGCUUCAAGAGACCUGCCCGCACUGUUCGUGAGAACAUGGCUGCUUCUCCCAGGAAAGAGCUGCGUGGGCUGCGGAGCCCGCGGCGUGGAGGUAGCUGCUGGUAACGUCUGUCCUGCUGCUGCUUCCUGGCAAACGUGGUUUUCCGAUUUCUGGCAGGGUGCGGGGCGCCCCAGGAAACCCUCCUUCCUGCUCACCUCACGCUUCCUCCUCCACGCGUCUCACUGACGGCAGGCUCCGGGAUGCUUCACGCGGCGACACACAGGCCGCGACGGCCGGGGCUGCCCGAUGGCUGAGCCCAGUCUGCGGCGGUGGGCGGGGCACGCGGCAGAGGUGCGACAGCAGUGUGCUAUCGGGAGCCGUCUGUGUGUGUGCACCCACCUGCUGGCACCUGUCCAGUGUGCGCGGUUCCCCCUGCGCCCCAAUGCACGCGCUGCGGCCCGGCUGCAGACAGGGGGGCUUAGCUGGUCCCUGGAUGGGCAAUAAAGGAAGUGACGUGCCCCACG